GAUUUCUUUUUCCCUUUUUCUCUUUUUUCUUGUUCUUCUAAUCAGAUAGUCCAUUAUAAUGUCAGAAGCAUUCAAUGGUACAUCUUACCGUCCAGUUUCAUCGGGUCAGAGAAGCGGUGACCGUUCUCCUCAACUGGACGAAAUUAUCGCCCUUCUCCAGUCAGUAGACCCAAAUGACAGUGAAAUCCAGUUGAAGCAACCAAAGAGCAUGCUUGCUUUUAUGAAUGAAGAACAACUCAGGGCCUACACCUCACAGAAUCUCGAUCCUCUGACUAUACUGAGUCCUAAUGAAAACAGUCUUGGCUAUCUUUACUUUAUUACUGCGCGAUGCUGUGCUGCAACAAGCGAGAAUGCACAACAGCUAUUCGAACUCUUGAGUCACUUUAUCAGUGUAUUUGAUGUUCAACAAGUGCUUGGAGCCCCAGCUAGAAUUGAGUUUAUUGCCAAAGCUCUCGAUACCCUGGCUAAUGGAUUAAAGAGACCCUUGUUACCUAUUCAACCUCUUGCAGACGCGAUCCAGCGCCUGAACCCUGAACUCAAUACCCUGACCACACUACAUGCUCCUCUUGUAAAGGCAUGUUUGAUAAGCAAGAUGUACAAAUAUCCACUUUCCAUUCUUGAUAGCGAUAUUGAUCAUGUCGACCCAACGAUUUAUGGAGUGACAAUUGUUGAUUUUCUCGAAUACCAUUACGAUGCUUCCUUGAUAUACAUUGGUAACAAACAAUUUGAACGUGCCCUGGAUUUCUUGAGUAUAGCAAGUAUUAUCACUAUUCUUUAUCAUUUUGCCAUUUCUGCACCUGCUAAUAUUCCUAGUGCUAUUCAGUUUGAAGCCUACAAAAAGUAUUGUCUGGUGUCUUUGAUUCAGGACGGAAAGAUCCGCAUUCUUCCAAAAUACACAGCUACAGUUGUGGACAAGGGAUUUAAGCUUCAGUACGAGCACUAUAUCACAAUUGCUAAGGCCUAUGAACAAACCAAUAUAAGCAAGUUUGAUGAACUUAUUUUAAGUUUCAAGGGAACUUUGGAACAGGAUCAGAAUUUCGGGUUAGCCAAACAAUGUGCAGUCGCUCUUCGUCUCAAGAAGAUCAAAGCUCUCACAAAGGUUUACAAGAAAGUGGAUAUUCAGGAUAUAGCUGUGAAAUUGGAUCCCAAAGGAAAAAUCACCCCAUUCCAGGUUGAACAAAUGGUGGUUCGAAUGAUCAAUACGGAUCAAAUUUCUGCCACGAUAUUGCAUGUCGUAACAGAUGGCACAAGUAGAAAGAUGGUCAGCUUCCACGACAUUGACAAUUCUCGUUUGCCAAACACAACUCAGCACCUACAAGCUGAAUGGAAACGCGUGGCGGCUGUGAGUGAAAGAACAGCAAAGAUUGAUAAAGAAAAGGGGCUUGAUAAAGCAUUCCAAAGCAAGUUUAUGGUCCUGAGCGUUCAUGGUGGACAAUCAACAUCAAUGCAGUAUGAAGAAGAUAUUGACCUUCCACUCAGCAAGGAGGGAAAACUUUCUGUGAUUUAAGAUCUUUUGCUCAAUUCAUCCACAGCUAACUUGCCCGUUUGUACACCUAAAUCAAGUAAAGAAUGAAUGCUAUAGAUAGCUUUCUUAUCUUCUUGGUCUUUAUCUGUGGCCGAACUACUGAUACUGGGAUAGGAGAUUUGUGGACCAGAAACGUAGAAAUCGAACCCAUUAAUAAACUAAAACAUACAGACACAGACACACACACACACACAAACGACAAUAAAUAAGAUUCAUGUGUUCGGUCCAG